AAGUUGCCUAGUGAUUGGAGUACAUUGGUAGAGGUUCAAAUGUUCAUUUGAUUUUUGUCUUUGAUUGGAUUACUGGAAUUAUCGGAGUCAAAUGUGACAGACGGUAGUGAUUAUCGUGUGAUGGUGUCGAUGUUGAACUUGCUGUCAAAAUCAAACCCAGUUGGAACAUCUCUGUCUCUCUGUAAAGCUUUGCAUUGGUACAUGGGCUCUGCACUUGGAUACAUGCACUUUAAUACAAAGAAUCUAUAAUGGUUUAAUAUAUGGUUCAAACCGUGGUAGCCGUACCUUCUCCUUGUCACAACAAGAUCGAUUCUCACGCCUCUACCCGGGCAUCGAGCGCUCUGGCGCCCUUGCUGGCAGGAUGUCGGUGAUGAAUGGGACGUUGAGCGAUGGGCUUGGGAAGGCAAAGGGGGACGAGUCCGUCGUAGGAAAUUUAGAUGAUUCAUCAGAAUGGGAUCAGAUCGAGAGUAUAAUGAACUCAUUUGGGGCAGGCUUAGUACGAGAGUCUGUCUAUGUGCGAGACUACCAACAAGACUUUGAAAAGAUGUUUGAAGGUCCAGGAAGACCUCAGAGUAUUGGUGCAUGGUUGGACAGUCUGAAUCUUGGCCAGUAUGAAAACAUGCUCAUUGCAAACGGAUUUGAUCAUCUUGAUUUUAUUGGUGGGAGUAUUAUUGAAGAGCAAGAUUUGAUGGAUAUUGGCAUUGUAGAAGAGAUUCAUCGGAAAAUGAUCCUAGAAGCUACGAGAUGUUUACCCAUCAUGAAACCAAUAGGUCCUGGUCCGGAGUUCACACCCAAGCCUGCGUCCGUCUCUGAUUGGCUGCGGAGUCUACUCCUCAGUGAUUACAUCACAAAUUUUCUUGAAAAUAGCAUCACUACGAUGGAUAGAGCAUUAGAGCUAUGGGAGUUUGAACUAGAAAAUGUCCUUGAAGUACCUAUGCUCGGCCACAGAAAGAGGAUCCUCGCAUCGCUUGGUGACCGACGACGGAGUCGACACAGCAGCACCAUCGACAUCGAGAUCAGCCGACCUCACUCCCUGGACCUCACCUGCAGCGAAGACUUGGUAAGACCACCCAAACACAAAUUCCCUUCUUCCUGUGAAAACCUUCUGUCGUCUUGUGAGCCAGUCCCGACACUGUCACCUCCACCGCUUCCACCACCACCACUGCCACCACCGCCACCACCCCGUCACACCUCCGCUGUAAAGCCCUCCCUCUCGAACCGCGAGAGCAUCAAAUCCAAAGCUAGAUCCCUCGCGAGAAAGGUCUUAACCAGCCCCACCAGCUCCAGAUCCAGUGAGAAGGUGAUCCGACCUCGGAAGUCGACGGAUCGCGGUAGCUCCAAGUCCAGAGACAUCCCGGUUGUACCAAGGGUGGCUGCUCCGGUAAAGGAGUUACAGAUUGAAUCUUUUGUCGGACCCGAAGAGAGAGAGGAAAUCAAACGUCACACGAGUCAGUCAUCGUCGUUGGAUAUCGAUCUCUUUAAAGACUAUUCUAAGGAGGUAGCAUCUCCGACAAGAAACUCCACUUCCUCAACGAUACCGGAAGAGGGAGCCCUUCAUCCCUCCGAGGAGGAGGAAUUCAGAACUCUAAUAGAGACCACGGAACAGUAUGCGCGCCAGAACGGCGAUUGUGCGAGCUUUAAAAGGACUAAUGAGAGAGGGAUGGUUGAAAGUAAAAAGAAAGAGGGAGGGGAGGAGGAGGAGAAGGGGAACGGAGUCCAUCCAGAGAAGAAGCAGGGUGACACCCCCGGAUCACAAUGGAUGCACCCACCUGAUGCAUUGAUAAAGGGAUGCUGCAAUUAUACAUCAUCUUACCUUGGGUCAUCUAUCAUCAAGGAGCUUCACGGAACCGAAUCAACGCGAGAAGCGUGCACGCGGCUGCGACGAUCAGCACAGCACCUCCAGAAGAUGCCCGCCAUCACGCUCUCCAUCAACUACGGCGGCGUCAAGUUCAUCGACUCCAAAUCUAAGAUGGUGAUUACGGAACAUGAGAUCUGUAACAUCUCUUGCGUUGCACAAGACUCUAAUGAUCUUAAAACCUUUGCGUACAUCACUAAAGAUAUCCAAUAUGAGAAGCUAUAUUGCCAUGUCUUUACAGUCAAGACUGUGGACUUAGCCACAGAGAUCAUCAUGACGCUAGGUCAGGCAUUCGAAAUUGCUUACAAGAUGCUCUUAAAGACAACAAAGGGGGCAGCAGACAUGGCCCAACCGCAGCAACCAAUCAGAGUCAAGGAGAUUCAAGCGACAGCAGACGACGAUUCCGACACCGCAAGUUAUGAAGAUACAAAAUUAUAGCGACAGCCCCCCUGGAAGGGGAAUAGACUGUUCUCUUUACUAGCAAUGCUUUCAACAGAGAUAUAAACAUUUUGCUGUAUAUAUAAUAUAUAAUACCCUAUAUGUGAAUUCUGAACACUAUAUGGAUAGCCAAUAUUAAUUCAAACUCUGCUCUAAAGCUGUGGUUUAACUAUGGAUAGCCAAUUGUGACACUCAUCUCUAACAGUACCAGGGGCCAUUUCAUCAAGCUGUUCGUAAAGAGCAACUGAUGAUCCUUUCUUGAGGUGAAUGAUGUUAACCAUUAAAUGUUCAUUGGUGAAUAUUCAGCGCAUGAGAAAGGUUCACCAGUCGCUCAUAAAGUCACUCUUGAUUUACGAACAGCUUCAUAAAACAGCCACCAGGUUUGAUAUGUCACUCAGAUUAUUCAUCUCUCUCUCUGAGGAUAAAAACUGAAUAAGUUUUCCUCGUCGAUAUAGCAUGAUGAAGAUAACAGACUUAUAAUGCCAACAAGUUUUGAACAUGUUCAAUUCCAAAUCAAACCUGAGUCCCACACUCAAACAAAAAUCUUUCAGUUGAAUGGAAUUUUGUAGUUACUUGCAAUCAGUCGCAACUCAACUCUCUCGCAAUGCCCCACCAUGCUUAAUUUUUGGGCUUAGGCAUGUAAUCAAAUGUAAGUCUCUUGUAACACACGAGUCAUUAUUCAAUCCAAAAUCAACAGACUUUAUACAUACACCUACCUGUAUAAUGCAUCAAUGUCUUGUGGACAGGGUCUCUUUGUUAACGUCUGUGGAUGUUUCGUAAAGCUCAUGAAUAAUCAAAACGUGACUUUCAUGUACAUGUAUCUGGCCUUUGCUACUUAAAAUUCUACUUAAAAAUUUGUUAUAGAUGAGUUUCUAGAACCACUAGUGAGGCAUGCUGCUUCGUUAGUUAUGCUACAGUGUAUCAUGCCUUCUUACAUGUACAUGUAUAUGAAUUCACACUUCUUGUGCUUUUAUAAAGUAAGUUGUAAAAUAUUCCUUGCAUUGUUGUCUCAUAUAGAUAUUCUAUCAUCAGCUUUCGCAAAGGAGGAAUUUUAAUUUGCUGACCACAAGAUUGUGAAAACGAACUGGAAAACAUUGUAAUGAAGUUAUAUCAGUGGGGCCAGCUACAUGUAACGGACAGUGAAAGACUUUCUGCACCCUUAGCCUUAGACACUUUCCUCCCAUCGAUAGUGAGAUUAUUGCCUUUCCAUCUGAGGCUUUGCCAUUUCAAGUGGUGUAUAUUCAUUGGACAAGCUUUUGGUCUACUUCUUAGAUAAUUCCACAUGGGCUAAAAAUUAACCCAUUUGGUGCAGUUUUUUGGUUUACACGACACUUCGGCUUAUGCCAACUUAGCCGAAUUCUCACGUAGUCUAAUGCCCAGUUGGACUAAUUUUCCGCUUCAUUUACUUAUAAAUCUUUACUGUGUCAAAUUAGAAAAAUAGUUUAUAAACAAUUCAUCUAUUAUACAACAAAGUGGUGUUAGAUCAAGUGGGUAUAACCAAAAUGGAAAUUAGACAAACGGUAAAUGGGAUUUAGUGUACAUUCCUCACAAAAGCCGACACUAUAAAAAUUUCUUUGAUUUUCCCUUUGUUUAUGGGCGCAGAAAACAAGACAUCUAGCUACAUGUAGUUGUUUAACCAUCUUUCCCGAGCAGCACUUAAGUCUUUGAAAAUAAGACCUUCACAGAUUAUUCUUGAAUUUGUUAAAUGCUGAACUUUUUGUUUUUUUUUGGUACAGUGUACCAUGUGUAUAAAUGAAAUUAUAUCUAGCUUUUCAUUGGUGCAAGUCAUGUCUAUAUAUUUUUAUAUAUGUAAUUUAUUUUAUAUCUCUAUGAAAAAAAUUAUUGCCAUGUUUUAUCAAUGCCUAUAUGUGAGAAGAUGAAAUGUAUGUACAGGUACAUGUACUUAAUGAUUCAUGAAUUUACAUGUACUGUCUAUUCGAUAGUUCUUAUAAUUUUGGUUUAUUAUCAUUAUCGGGGCUGGUUUCACAAAGGCUUGUGAUCACUUGCAAAUUUGUAAAGCCAAACUCUGAUUGGUUCCUUGUCAAUCUUGUGAAGAGAAUGUACUUUCAACAAUAAUAUUGAUUUGCUAUCUCUAAUUUGCAAUUGAUCGCAAACCCUUAAAUUGCAGGGUCCAAAUUAAAAAAAAAAUGUAUCAUGUGUAAUACCACCAGAUUAUAUUACAAGAAGAAAAAUACCUGUUUAAAAUGAUGUCUGUGAAUGUGAAGAAAUUUUCUAUUUCUAGUACCAACUUUAUCCUCAUCCAUUGAGUUUGUGUGCUUUAUGAUUGGGAGUUUUUGCACAGUGACAUACAUGUAUGAAGGAUUCAAGAAUAUAGAAAAUGUAUUGUCAAAUGCCCUCCAUCACAAAGAACAACCAAGAAGUCUUUGUCAAAAUUGGUUUAUCUAGACAGCAGUUUAGUCCUUGACUCUGGGCAAACGACAUAUUUGCAAUUUUUUGUCAUCUUUCUGAGCUUAGGACAAAGCUGCUGUUCCGGUUCACCAAUUUUCAACAAUGACCUCCCAGUUGUUCUUUGUCAUUUAACGAGCAUUUUCAAUACAUUUACCGUGUUCUUGAAUCCUCUGUACACCGCAGAACAAACACUUCUCGGUAUAAAACAUGCGCCACCAAUGUCCGUCUUUUGGUCGGCCACUUUUUCCCCCGAGACUUUCAAGAUAGCAUGUGCCGUGAGUAAGAAUUGAUUUCUUUAAGAAAUAUUUAAAUUAGCGAUGAAUUUCAGGUGCAGGGGAGAAUAAAGGAGUAAUAUGUAGAAUCCCUAGCACAAGUUGAAUGUGACCAGUUACCCCAAAACCAAUCAGUCACAAAGGAAGGUUCUCUUUAUAAAAAUAGCCAAAAUAGUAUAAAUCUGUCUUCGAAAAGCAAAAAUGGGAAAAACAGUCUGAAAAACAGACUUUCUUCAUACUGUCAAAAUUUGUGUUGUAUACUUAGUUGAAUAAAGGACGAUAUACGGUUUUUCGUACUCCAUCUUUUCCAGACUGCUUGAAGGUUUCACUGACAUUGCAAAGUGUGUACGUCUCAUGCUUGAGUGAACCCUGAACUCCAAACCUUCUUUCCUUCUUGAAGCUCUUGCAGAAUUUGUUCUGCAUUAUAGUACUUGCAAGGGUUACAGUCGAUGAAUGUUGACAAGUUUUGUAUGAUUUCAAAGCUUAGGAUAUGCUCUUUCAAGCGCAAUUGAAAUUAAUUUUGAGUGACUUGUUGGUUUCGGGGUGGCUGGUGACGCUGGUCACAUAUGUGUGAUUUCCCAGGACAACUAGAAUGUGUAAAUGAUAUUUGUGAUUACUUUGAAAGGGAAACACAGUAAUUUAUACAUGGUGUUUAGUACAUCUGGUAGACCAAUUUCUCACGAUUCCCAAUAAUGAUGUAUUAUGUGAUUUAUAAAAUGCAUGAAUGGAUAUUUUACCCAUUUAUAACAGCACCUAACGGAAUACAUGUAGGUAUGGGCAUGGAAUAGGCACUCACUGUAUACUACAUGUAGUACUUACAAUAAUUGUACCAUAUGAUUGUGAAAUAUGAACAAUACAAUUAAUAUUACAUAGGGCCUACUCCAUUUCUGUGGUAAUGAAAGCAGAUUAUAAUCGUUGAAGAAAUAUUAACUAUCAAUUUUGUCUCCUAUUUUACCAGGGGAAAUAGUAUGUGUCAUCUUGUGAUUAUGAAAUAUCAUGAGUUUUAUUGGACAUAUUGGUCAGGGUUUCUUGCAUAUUCACCAUAAAAAUACUCAUCUUCUGCCAAAAGCACCCUUUCUAUUAAACAAGUUAUUGUAAGUUUAUAUUUUCUGUGAAUUCAACUCAAGAUCUAUUCUUUGAAAUCCUAAAAAAAGCCCAUCUUAAUCAUUAUUUGCUGUCACAUGUAUGUUGGUGUCUAAAAAUAUUUCAAUUUCUUUUCAAUAGUUUCAUAAUAUUAAGACAUGUGAUGCAAGAAAUGAUUUGUUAUUGAUUGCAAUUUUUUGCAAAUAUGAUUUCAUUUGAAAAACAAAAUCAUAAAAAAAUUCAUAGAAAGUUCUAAUUUUUAGAAUGAAAAUUGGUCCAUUUGAAUAACCCCCUCAGCCAAAAUUGUUUAAGGUAAAUCAGCUCCAAGCUUCCUUCUACAUGCACGUAGUAUAGGUUAAAUUAAAGAGUUCACAUUCAUUUUGAAAGUGAAAUGUAUUUAUAUAUCAUAAAACAGCUUCAGUAAUUUCUAUGUAAUCGUAAAAAUGCUUAUGUGUGAUCUGUAUAUUUAGUGCAGGUUACGUACAUUUACUGUGUAUGUAUUGCAAUGCAAUGUAUAUUAUGAUAAGCACCAUAUAUCUUUCUACUGUAAGGAAUAGCUUUAUUCUAUAGAAAAUGACAUUGUAUUGCCGUUGGCAAUUAUUGAGCCAUUCGCUGACAUUGUACUAAAUAUACAACAUGUCAGUAAUGGAAAAAAAUAUAUGAAGGGUAAGAUGAAAGUAUUUCUGUCUCCUCUGACAGUGACAUGUUUAAAAGAUACUGUCUUGUUACUAUUGUCUAUUUUCUCUCCGCUUUGUUUUUCUUUUCUUAUCAGACCCAUGAUAUUCACCUGGACUUGACCCGGAUCACAAAUUAUUAUGACCGUUAGUAUGAAAGGGGUCAGACUCAUCAUUUGAAGUCACUUUCCUCUAUUUACAAAAUCCACCAUAGACAUUGACAAAACCAUCAUGGAAGAACAUAUGUCUUUAAGAAUUUGCGUUUGUGCGGCUUGUACUUAACUUUUACAACUCUUAACCCUUAUUGUGCCAGUAAUAUAUUUCCCCAGUGCCAGGUUUAUCCCAGGGGUAGUAAGUAUGCAUGAACAAACAUGCCACUAUGCGUGCAUUUGGAUCAGUGUACAGAUCUAUGGCAGGAAUCCCGCUUCAUGUUUAGGGAUGGUUUGCGUCUUUUCAUUGCAGCUUCCCUUCAGUCCCCAUCACCAUGUCUAGUGGGACUAUGAUGAUUCGUAAGGAAUAGCUGCUUGCGGGAGUCCUGCAGGAAAGAUGCGUCUCUAACUUUCAACAAAGUGCCUAAAAUAUGAUUGCUCUCAGUGGGAGGUAUAUGAAUAGGCAAACAAUUAAGGUAUAUACAUGCAGAUAGACCUGACGACAUGAAGAAAUUUCAUUGCAUCCAAGUAUUGGCAAUCUAUCUGGGGACUAUAUCACAAAGCAUGGUAAUUGACAGUAGGGCCAUAUUAACGAUUGAUUACAUUAUGAGCAAUCAAUCAUAUAAAUCAACAAAUCGUAAAGUUUUGUGUUAUGGGCCCUGUGAAUGGCUCAAGACCUAAUGUAACUUCUUCGCAUGAAUGAUUUACUAUUGUACAUGUGGCGAGUAAUGUAUGCUUAUUAUAAAAAUGUAGCAUCUGUAUCGAUUAUUCAACCAAAUGUGAUUCUCACAUUUGUUUAUAUUCACUCACAAUUUUGAUCAUUAUCUCGCACUUUGUGUUCUCUCAUUUUGUACUUACGUGUGUGCAUUAUUUUUUGCUCAUGAAAUAAGUUGAUACUUACUAUAUGUGUAUGCAUUGUACAUUUAAAAACUUAUAGGGCAUGUCAUGCCCAAAUGAUUAAAUGAUUUAUAAAAAAUUGGA